AGGUGGAGUGGAGGAGAGGCAGAGGGAGGUGCGGGAGGGAGGGAGAGGGGUUAGAGAGACAGACGGCCUUUAAAAAGCAGAUUAAAACAGGUUGCACAUCUCAUUCUAGAGGAAAUCACACACACACACACACACACACACACACACAGUGUUUGGACUAUGGCUUCCACCACCUCGGGUGAUGUUCUGCCCACAGGCGGCAGGAUCUUUACCUCCAUUCCUGAUGUGUUCUUCAUCCCUGAGUUUGUGUUUGGAGGUUUGGUGUGGAUCCUGGUGGCGUCGACUCUAGUCGAGCCAGACAACCCUCUGGGCUGGGUGAUGUUCGUGUCUGUCUUCUGCUUUGUACUGACGACCCUUUGGUUCUUCAUCUUCCUCUGCGGAGGCAAUCAGAGCAGCAUCUGGCCCUCCCUGGAUGUUGGUUAUCAUUUUGUGGCAGUGGUUUUCUACCUCAGUGCGUCGGUGGAUCUGGCAUACAUCACCAUUCUGGCAGGCAGAGGUGUGCAGAUUACUAGCCUUCCUGGCUUUCUCAAGAUCUACCGACUGGAUAUUUCUGCAGUGGUGAUGUCCUACGUGGCCACUCUUCUCUACUUCCUCCAUGCCAUUUUUUCUGCCAUCCGAUGGAAGAGGUCCUAAUGAAACAAAACACAAACUAAGUCCAAGAAGCCCAAGACGAGAAGAAACAAAAUAACCAGCGGACUUGUCAUUGGACUAAACACAGAAUGACCUUUUUGUUCUUUUUUAUUUUCAUGUCAGCAAGAGGAACUUAUUCUUGAUCCAAAGUGCCAGAACAUCAAAUGAAUUAAUGAGUGGCAAACAAGCAGGUUUAUUCAUAAAUGUUACUUGUUACCCCACGUUUUAAUAUUUUUUAAUCAGAGAGGCGGAGGUUUGGUCAGAAGUCGAACAAGCCUGUUCAAGUUAAUCUUUUUUAAUAGAAAUAAAUGUAUAAGAAACACAGUAAACAGUAAAUGGAAGGUUAUACGGAAGGUUAAUGAGUGUAAAUAAGUAAUUCAACCACAGAUCUAAUUAAAUAUCCAGGAGCAGGUACACAUCA